CCAUGAUGCAGCUCGACAAGUGUGUUCAUAAACGCUAGCCAAAAUGUCUUAAAGCUGGAAAUAUAGAAUAACUUCGAUUGUUGUGUUUCUAUUCCCAAGUAGCAUACAUUUAUGCUGUUUCAUAUUUAUUGCUUGACAAUUUAAGACCAUGACGUCCAUUAUCAAGCUGACAGCCGUGUCGGGGGUCCAGGAGGAGUCUGCCCUCUGUUACCUGCUGCAGGUGGAUGAAUUCCGUUUCCUCCUGGACUGUGGCUGGGAUGAGAACUUCUCAAUGGACAUUAUAGAUGCUAUGAAACGAUAUGUCCAUCAGGUUGAUGCUGUUCUUCUCUCCCAUCCUGACCCCUUACACCUGGGAGCCCUGCCAUACGCUGUGGGGAAACUGGGCUUAAACUGCACUAUAUACGCGACAAUACCUGUCUAUAAGAUGGGGCAAAUGUUCAUGUAUGAUCUAUAUCAGUCUCGAAACAACAGUGAAGAUUUCACACUCUUCACCCUUGACGAUGUGGAUUGUGCAUUUGACAAAAUCCAGCAACUGAAAUACUCUCAGAUUGUCAAUCUGAAAGGGAAAGGGCACGGUCUUUCCAUUACACCGCUCCCGGCUGGUCACAUGAUCGGAGGGACUAUUUGGAAAAUUGUAAAGGACGGGGAGGAGGAGGUUGUUUAUGCUGUGGACUUCAACCACAAGAGAGAGAUCCACUUGAAUGGCUGCAUGUUGGAGAGCAUCAGUCGUCCUUCCUUGCUUAUCACAGACUCCUUCAAUGCUACAUAUGUACAACCACGUCGCAAACAAAGGGAUGAGCAGCUCCUUACCAAUGUCAUGGAGACUCUUCGUGGUGACGGUAAUGUCCUUAUUGCCGUGGAUACAGCUGGGCGCGUGUUGGAGCUGGCUCAGCUCCUGGACCAGAUUUGGAGGACAAAGGAUGCUGGACUCGGAGCUUACCCGCUCGCCUUGCUUAACAACGUCAGCUACAACGUAGUGGAGUUCUCCAAGUCCCAGGUGGAGUGGAUGAGUGACAAGCUCAUGAGGUGCUUUGAGGACAAGAGAAACAACCCCUUCCAGUUCCGUCACUUGACCCUGUGCCACAGUCUGGCAGACCUGGCCCGGGUGCCCAGCCCCAAGGUGGUGCUGUGCAGCCAGCCAGACCUGGAAUCCGGCUUUUCUCGAGAACUCUUCAUCCAGUGGUGUCAAGACACCAAAAACUCCAUCAUCCUGACCUACCGCACCACACCUGGAACCCUGGCCCGCUACCUCAUCGACAACCCCGGAGAGAAGAUGCUGGAUCUGGAGGUGAGGAAAAGAGUGAAGCUGGAAGGCAAGGAACUGGAAGAAUACCUUGAAAAUGAUAAAAUAAAGAAAGAAGCUGCUAAAAAACUUGAACAAGCAAAAGAGGUGGAUGUGGACUCCAGUGACGAGAGUGAUAUGGACGACGACCUGGAUCAACCAGCCGUCGUGAAAACCAAACACCACGACUUGAUGAUGAAGGGCGAGGGGAGCCGUAAAGGAAGUUUCUUCAAACAAGCCAAGAAGUCCUACCCGAUGUUCCCCACGCACGAGGAGAGAAUCAAAUGGGACGAGUACGGAGAAAUCAUCAGGUUAGAAGACUUUCUUGUUCCCGAACUGCAAGCCACAGAGGAGGAGAAGAGCAAAUUGGAGUCCGGAAUGACCAAUGGCGAUGAGCCCAUGGACCAGGACCUCUCUGUCGUCCCCACAAAAUGCAUCUCCAGUGUAGAAAAUCUUGAAAUCAGAGCCAGAGUUACAUAUAUAGACUAUGAAGGUCGCUCCGAUGGUGACUCCAUAAAGAAGAUUAUUAAUCAGAUGAAGCCCAGACAGCUGGCGAUCGUUCACGGGCCGCCAGAAGCCAGCCUGGACCUGGCCGAAUCCUGCAAGGCCUUCAGCAAGGACAUCAAAGUCUACACGCCCAAACUGCAGGAGACGAUAGACGCCACCAGUGAGACACACAUCUACCAGGUGCGGUUGAAAGACUCCUUGGUGAGCUCCCUGCAGUUCUGCAAGGCCAAAGACACGGAGCUGGCGUGGAUCGACGGCGUGCUGGACAUGCGUGUGGUGAAGGUGGACACAGGCGUGAUGCUGGAGGAAGGCGUGAAAGAGGAGGCGGAGGACGGCGAGCUGGCCAUGGACAUCGCCCCUGAUCUCACCGUUGACCACAGCUCCACCGUGGUGGCAGCACAGCGGGCCAUAAAGAACCUGUUCGGAGAGGAUGAGAAGGAGGUGUCGGAGGAGAGCGACGUCAUCCCCACGCUGGAGCCGCUGUCUACGAAUGAGAUUCCAGGGCAUCAGUCGGUGUUCAUCAACGAGCCUCGCCUGUCUGACUUCAAGCAGGUCCUGCUGAGAGAGGGCAUCCAGGCCGAGUUUGUGGGAGGAGUGCUGGUAUGCAACAACAUGGUGGCCGUCCGCAGGACGGAGGCCGGACGCAUUGGGCUGGAAGGCUGCCUGUGUGACGACUACUAUAAGAUCCGGGAGCUGCUGUAUCAGCAGUACGCCGUAGUAUAACAGCAGCAGGACAUGCCGCAACGGAGCUCACCGUGGCAAUACAGAGACAAUGCUUUAUGAGGACUCUACCCAGAGGAGAAGAGCCUAACACACUCAGGCUACUUCUGCCCCCACGGGCGACUCCAGCUGUUUCACUGCAAACAUCGGUGUACCUUUUCCCCUUUUUUUUAUGUGUAUUUUUUCCAGAUAACAUUUUUUUUAUUGUUAGUUUACCUCUGCAAAGUGAGAGGCAGAUGCUUUACCCGGACUGACCUUUCUAUGUGAAGACUUUACAAACCAGAGGUUCUCAUUUUCCUAAACCACCCCUCCCUCUGUACAGUAACAUCCCCAUGCACUGGAUGAACCGAAGAAUGCUUCCCUCCUCUUACUCAUUAAAAACAGUCUUUUUUUUUCAAAUAUGCAUUACUGUGAAAGGUUUGUCCCAGAUGUUCAUGCUAGAGUUAGCACUGGGUAUUCAACCUCAGUGCUUUCUGGAUACUGACAAGAACUCAAAGCUUGUCAAGUACUGAUAGAUGGUAUUGAAUGCUUUCCCGUAUUUGUUUUCGUACACUUUGAUCAAAUAUUCCUUGUUCGAUCAGGACAUUAUGACAAAUUUUUUACACAAGUUAAUUCAGGUAAGUUCUUGUGUGGCCACUCAUCUUAAAAUGGCAUCAAAAAAUGUAUUAUUACACUUCCAUAAAGACUUGCAAGAAGUGGACUUAAAAAGUCAGCGGAGGCUGAGAAUUUCACUCCUUUGUAUAAACAAAUUUGAUACAAAAUGCAAUUUGAUAGAUUGAUACACUUUGACCAGACUUUACCUUGUAAAUGCUUCCAGCUACCAUUUGUAAUUUGCAGAAUUUCUGCUAUAAAUCCAAAGCGGCAAUAACAGUGAAAAACCCUGUUAAUACAGGCUGAGUAGUACUCAUGACAAGUAAACAGAUUAGUAAAAUUGGUUGAAUUCCCCUUUUAAAUGAUGUAAAAGUGAGGAAUUUGGUAUAUUUGUUACAUAAAAAUGUUUUGUG